AUGGCUUCAUCCUCGAAUAGCGCGUUGAGCGCUGAGUCGUUGCUCAAUUUGAUGGUCCAAAGCCUGCCUUCAAAAUCGGCAGCAGAGUCCAGUCCAGUCGUCAAAGAUUCCUACGCUGCAAUCGGGCUGUUCGCCCAUGCUUGCAUGCUUGCUGUGGGCUUUCGCCUAAUUGGACUAGGAGAAGAACACAAAAUAGAUUCGCAAGAGGUUCAAAGGCUGCCUGCUGAAUGGGACGCCCCUUCGACAUAUGCCUUUAGAUAUGCUCACGCACAAUCUUCGAUGGAGUUCUUGGUCAAAGUCAGUCGGCUUGGUAGCAAGGCGCUCAUCUUUGCCCUUGCUGUACCCGAUGACAAGACGGCUUCGUUCGAGAUCAAAGUCCAAGACUAUGUAUCAGAAGGCUCGAUCAGGGAGAGCACCUCGAGUUCAGAUAUCAACUCGGCUAUCAAGAACAUCUUUGUCUCCUCGGGGCGGAUUGCGGAUUUGAGUUCGCUGUUCAAGGUGAACAUUAUACAAAAGCUCGCUCCAGGAAUCCGGAAGGAAGGUUAUGAGGAGACAUCUACAACCCCAGAGCAGCCUCGACGGCAUGAUGAGACACGUCCUCCAGAGCGCGACCCUCUACGCGACGACAGACCAGAAUCUGCUAGGCCAUAUCCUUUCAAUGACCCUCUUGCUGCGGCCCCACGACGGCCAAUACCACCCGGCGAUUUUCCGCCUCCCGACUUUGAGGAUGAGUAUGAGAUGAACAGACCUCCCCGAGGCUUACCGGGCUUUGGUGAACGAAGACCACUCAACAUUGGCGAGCGGGAUCUUUAUCCGCCGGGGCUCGGUCCGCAUGACCCACUAAGAAUAGGACCUGGUGGUGGAGGGCUUGGAGGUGGUGGUAUGCAUCCAACAUUUGAUGACCCUCUGUUUGCUGGCCAAGGUGGCGCACGACCCUACGAUCCUCGAGCUCCGCCAGGUGCGAGAUAUGAUCCUGUUGGACCAGGAGAUGGUCCGCCAAACCUGAGGGGUGGUCCUAGGUUUCCGGGAGGCCCUGGUGGAGGUAAUAUGGGAGGCAAUCCAUUCGGCGGCUUUGGAAGCGGUGACUUUAUAUGA